CUUUUCUUGCCUUCUCUAGAAACCCAAAUUCACAUAAUGCGCCACGUUGUACCCGCCACCGUUCUUGCAGCUAGCGUCAACGCUGCUUCACUCUCCAAUGUUUGCACUUUAUCCAACGUGCAAACAGCCCUACCUGCCAACGGAACUCUUCUCGGCCUUAACCUCCUAUCUUCCACUGUGACUGCAGGUACUGUAUAUAACGCCAGCGUUGGAGUGGGUAUGGGUAGCACUAGCAUUGGUGCCACGUACAACUACUGCAACGUCACCGUCAGCUACACCCACACCGGCAGGAACGAUUCCAUCGCUCUAAAAUUUGCCUUUCCUGAGCCGUCUGAAUUCCAGAACCGUUUCUACGUGAGUGGUGGAGGUGGUUUCUCUCUAUCAUCCGACGCUACCGGAGGUCUCGUCAUCGGAGCCGCAUCUGGUGCUACUGCAGCAGGGUACGAUGCUUUCGACUACUCCUACGAUGAGAAGGUUCUUUACGGCAAUGGAUCCAUCAAUUGGGACGCUACCUACGCGUUCGCAUACACUGCUCUUGGAGAAUUGACGAAAAUCGGCAAGCCGCUCACUCAGGCAUUUUAUGGCUUGAAUGACACUAAGAUCUACACCUACUUUGAAGGAUGCUCGGAUGGUGGCCGCGAGGGUAUGAGCCAAGUUCAGCGCUGGGGCGAGGAGUAUGAUGGCAUUGUCACAGGUGCACCCGCCCUCCGCUUUGCACAGCAACAGGUCCUCCACGUCUACCCUGCCACAAUUGAGCAGGUUAUGGGCUACUUUCCGCCCCCAUGUGCUUUGGACAAGAUAGUCAAUUCCACAAUCGCUGCAUGCGACCCUCUUGAUGGCCGCAAUGACGGCGUUAUUUCCCGUACCGACCUUUGUCAGCUCAACUUCGACCUCAGCUCCCUGAUAGGCGAGUCUUACUACUGUGCAGCUGAAUCCAGCAGCUCGCUAGGAUUCGGCUUCAGUAAGCGUCAAGCGGGAGGUGGUGGUGCAGGUAGCCAGUCAUCCACUAAACCCGAGCAGAACGGAACCCUCACUGCCAGAGACAUUGCAGUCGCCCAAGCUGUCUACGAUGGUCUGCACGAUUCCGAGGGCAAGCGUGCCUACCUCUCUUGGCAGAUCGGCUCAGACCUUGGUGAUGCAGAUCCCACCUACGAUAACACAACCAGCUCCUGGGGGCUCAACAUCCCUUCUACCGGCGGCGAAUACGUCACCAAAUUCGUCCAACUCCUCGACAUCGAUAACCUCGAAAAUCUCGACGCCGUCACUUACGAUACCCUCGUAGGCUGGAUGAACACCGGCAUGAUCCGCUUCCUUGAUAGCCUGCAAACCACCGUCCCCGAUCUCACCCCUUUUCAAUCCUCUGGAGCCAAGCUACUCCACUACCAUGGAGAAUCCGACCCAUCCAUUCCAGCUGCCUCCUCCGUUCACUACUGGCAGUCUGUCCGCUCGGUCAUGUACCCUGACCUGACUGAUAUUGAGGCUUUAGAGGCCAUGAAUGACUGGUAUCAGUUCUACCUGAUCCCCGGUGCAGCUCACUGCGGGAUCAACUCUCUCCAACCCGGCCCUUACCCACAGGAUAACAUGGCGACGAUCAUCGAUUGGGUUGAGAACGGGAUCAAGCCAGUUCGCUUGAACGCGACCGUUUCGUCUGGGGAAUAUUCAGGAGAAGUGCAGCAGUUGUGCCAAUGGCCCACUCGUCCUCUCUGGUCGGGCAAUGACUCACAUUUUGACUGUGUUACCGACGAGGCAAGCAUCGAGAGCUGGACGUACACUUUUGACGCAUUCAAGCUUCAGCCAAUUUGGUAG